AGCAUCGAAUGUCGUCUGCUACUACGAUCGCAGACGAGUUCCGGGUUUUGGCCUCUGCUCAGAUGUAUGGAGAGAAAAUUACGAUCCAGUUCAACUGCACAGCUGCGAAUUGGGACGGAAGAUCUUCGGAAUAGUAUUUCCGUCAACACAGAAAGAAGUUAUUUCAUCAGAUUGGAAUUAUAGUGCCUUUCUUACCACAUUUCUUGUGAAGAUAAGCAGAAUCAUCAGUACAAGUAGGACUUGGUUGCAAAGAAUGUCAAGGUGCGCUAUGGAGAACCGGGGAAGAGUGACUAAAGUCCACGUGGAUGAGAGUGAACCUACAGGAGGUGACGAAUUUCCGUUUGAGGUGAAAGAAGUUCAGAUCAGGAAAGACAAAUGGGUUACUGAUGAAUAUCACAUCGACAUGCUGUUAGGAAAGGGCAAGUUCGGCGAGGUGAAGAAAUGCCGUGAGAAACGUUCAGGUCGAAUGUUAGCCGCUAAGUUCAUCGACAUCACCUGCGCCUCCGACAGGAAGGACAUCGCCAACGAGGUGGACAUUAUGAAGUCCCUGCAACAUCCCCGCCUACUCCAGCUGUAUGCUGCGUUUGAGAACAAGACCUCCUUCUGUCUCGUUCUAGAACUCAUCAACGGCGGCGAAUUGUUUGAGCGCGUCAUCAACGACGACUUCAUCUUGACGGAGAAGGCCUGUGUCAUGUUUCUCCGACAGAUCUGCGAAGGGGUCGGCUUCAUGCAUUCAAAGAACAUACUACAUCUAGACAUGAAGCCCGAGAAUAUCCUUUGUCUGACGCGAGAGGGAAACAGAAUCAAAAUCAUUGACUUUGGUCUGGCCCGGAAGUUCUGUCCCAAGGAAGAUCUCCGGGUGUUGUUUGGAACACCAGAGUUCGUCGCGCCGGAAGUUGUAAAUUUCGACCCUAUCAACUAUGCAACAGAUAUGUGGAGCAUUGGAGUCAUAUGUUAUGUCUUGUUAUCGGGGUUAUCUCCCUUUAUGGGUGACACCGAGGCCGAGACGCUAGUCAACGUCACCACCGCUCAAUGGGACUUCAAUGCUGAAGAGUUCGACAGUAUAUCCAAAGAGGCAAAAGACUUCAUAUCGAAACUUCUUAUUAAAGAUCGAAGAAAACGAAUGUCGGCAGCAGAAUGUCUUGAGCACCAGUGGCUAAGGAGAUCAGUAAAGCGAGAAAGUCAUAUUCCGGAGAGAUCUCUUUCGACGAAGCGUUUGCGCAAGUUCGUGUACAGGCGGAAGUGGCAGAAGGCAAUAAACGCCAUGUUGGCUCUCAGGAGGAUGGGCGUGACACUUACGUAGUCACGUGUAUCACUAGAUUGACCUAUCAGAACCUGCCACGCAUAUGCUCAAUGAUGAGAUCUGAUUGGAUAAGAGGUCCUUCCCAUCUUUCCUCUGAUGGUGAUAAACAGUUAAGCCCCACCGAUCUGGGGCGGUUCCAACCCAAUAUCAUCAUCGAGAGGGCAGCGUCAGUCUUGGACUCUGACAUUUAGAACACUGGUGCUAUUAAAGCGCAGAGCAUAUUGCCAGUUGCAGGAACUCUAACAGCAGACAUCUUCAUUGCGUGUCAUUUGUGUGCCAACGAACAUGGAUAAUAUUACAUCAAUGCCUCGUUACCAUGGCAACUUGUGCAUGCAAUACCACCUGACUAUAUUGUGGACCAAAUCGGUCAACUGUGGAAGCAGUUAUCGACAGCAGUUGUGAUUAUUAUAAACUUGUGUGCGGUACCUUUAAACAGUGUGACCCGUAGAUACUUGCACGCACAUGACGUGACGUCACAGAUAACGUGAAUUGGUAUCAACGAUAGAGAGGCUUGGUGGAGAAUGAUGUGAAAGGUUUUUCGCGUGCAAAAAAUUCACGCCCGGUCCAGACUGACAGCAUGUCAAUGUGCAUUUCAUUGAGCCGUCUGUGAAUAGGGAUCCCAUUGCAAUACCUUCGUCAUGUGUGUUGAUCCGAUUAGAGUCUGGAGUCUACCUAUACCAUCGAUUUCGCCUUUUGUGAAGUAACAUCACAUGAUCUGACGUUUCGAGUGGUUGUACAUAUUUCAAUACCCUCUCCUUAGAACCCAUUUCAUUGCAUCGUAUGUAUCUAGCUUUCGAGAUGUUGUUAUUUAUUGAGUCGAUUUCAUCAAUCAGGUAGUCAUAGCGCUACUGUGGCGACGUAUCUUGAAAUCGACAUGACGCACCUGUUAUCUGGAGAUUCUCAGAAACAUGUCUAUUUCAUAGCCAAAAAACAAAAGUAUCAUUCCAUAAGACCGAGCGUACACAUUUUAUAUACCUUAUAACAUUUAUGGAAGGGAAUUAUACAAUGAUCAUCAUAAUAUCAUGAGAAAUAUAAGCGAGUUUUAAGUUUUGGCGGUAUGUAUGACAAAUGUUAAAUUAAAAACGAUUCGGCCAUGUUCGAUCACUGGUGUGUAGUCUAUACGGGUUCAUAUUCAGCCAUGUUUCCAGAUGCGCAUGCGCAGUAGCGUAGCCUUCCGUCCACACGACUACAGUUCGACCUUUCUCUUGUAAAAAUACUGGUGCUAGCUUGUAGACUUAUAAACAGACGAGUCCAUUGUGAUUAGGGAGGUACGAUGUAUAUUUGCAAUAAAUGGGGCUAUGAGGUUGCAUCAUUCAUAAAGGAAUAGCACCCUUUUUUCAUACAAUAGACUUUCCCGAAUCUCAAAUGGUCGCGUUUGAAAUAUAAUGCCUUAAUUUUCAGACUUUCUCUUUUUGAGUCGUGACUGGAAAUGCUUACGUCUUUUGUACAAAAUUUUGAAAUAUCAAUAAAUGUAUAAAAAACAUA